AGUUAGAACUUAGUGAGGGUAUGGGUAACGGGGCGUCCACCAAUCACAGCAAUCGACAGAAGUCGUCGACGGCAGACUCCCUACGUGAACCGGAAGAGAAUGAGGAUGAAUUCUUGUGUUUACAGCCAGGUUACCCUUCUCCAAGACCUCCCCGGAACAAAAAGGAAGAUGUCUUUGCACCUGAUGGGUUUACUGAAUGUGACGAGAGAGGGCAUAUGGCACCUAUCGAUGUAAGCUACAGUUGGGGUACACUAAUUCAGUACCUCGUGUGGGGAUUCCGAUCCCCGAUGGAUAAGUUAAGAACGCUGUUUGUAUGGAUGGGUGCUCAGGACAUCACACACCGAAUACUCCCUCCCAUUGAAGGUAUGGAGCCAGACACGCCGUACAACGAUAUCAGAAAGAUUCAACGGGGAAAGAUGUCCUACGCUCUGUUCUUGCUGAAGCUGUGCAGGUAAUA